AUGUCAUAUAUAAUCACACCAGAUAUAGUGCGAUAUGCUUGUACCUGUGGCUUACUAAAACCUAUAUCUAACUUGUACUUUUGUAGAUACUGUACUCAACUAAGGUGCAGUUUCUGUGUCUGUCAUGAGGUGGACACCAAUUUUUGUGGAAAAUGUUCUGAAAACAUCCCAUCAUCUGAGGCUAGAGUCAAGAAAAACAGAUGUGGCAACUGCUACAUCUGCCCUUGUUGUGAACAAGAGUUAUCAACAAGAAUUGCCUCAACAAAGACACUUUCUGAUACAGAAGACACCAAAACUACUCCUAAAAAAAUGUAUUAUCUGUCCUGUCAAUUCUGCAGAUGGAGUUCUAGAGAUGUAGGAAUACCUGACCAGUCAACUGUUACAGGAGGCUGGCCUGAGAGAGAAAAUGUACAUGCAAAUCAAUUACAAGAGCUUGUAGACAUGUACAAAGCUAUUGUGCUUGCACAAAAGCAACAGCAAGAGAAGGACAAGAAGAAACAACGUGGGAAGUAUUUGAGUUACACAGACAGAACAGGGGUUACUGCUGCAGCUCUUCGCAAACGCAUUGGGCUUCCAGCAGAAUUGACACACCCCCUUUUGAGAAGCAAACCAAAAGAACCUGAACCAGCAGUAGCUAAAACAGAGGUUGAAAAACUACCCAUAGAGUUAUUCACAGAGCCAAUCAAUCUUAUGGACAUAACAACUGUGGAUCAGAGGCUUCUACAACCUGAGGCUCAGCCUACAACUGUAGACAAGCUUUUUCCUGUUCAUAAACAGCUGUCUAUCAAGAGAACUCUGCGCUGUAAAUCCUGUGAACAUAAUGUGAGCAAGCCUGAAUACAACCCAAGCUCUGUAAAAUUCAAGAUCCAGCUAUUUGCUUAUUAUCAUAUUCCUGAGGUAAGAAUUGUAACUGUGGAACCUCUAAGAGCUGGACAAUCAUGUGAGCUGAUUUUGAAGUUCACAAAUCCAUCUCAACAUCAAACCACCAUAACUAUCUUGGAAUUGAAUUUAGAGCAGCAAGAAGUUGAAGAAGCUGAAGUGGCCCCUAGUUUUGAUAAUAUGGAAAAUUUGUCCUUACAAGAGAAACAACAGAUGUCUUUGCCAUCAAUGCUAAGUCAACCUAGCAGUUUGAUGAGCAUGUCAACAAGGUCUCCUACCAUCACUGUGAAACCCCGAAAAAUUUCCGAAAAUGUCAACUGUGAUGUAGAUGUGCCUUCCAGUACUUUCAUUUUGCCUCCUAGGGAUGAUGCAGCUGAAUAUGAUGACUCUGGAGACACUCACAACAUACAAGAUGAUACCAAGUUGGUGAAGUGGAGAAAAUCAAACAAAGCAUAUGUGAAACUCAAUGUAACUCCAAAGGAAGACCUGGGGUUGAAUUCUGAUGUUGUUUGUGGAUUUACUAUGCAACAUGUCUAUACUAAUACAAUCACAGGGCAAAUGGAUAAAAAAGAACCCCAAAAAUAUGACCACAAAGUGAAGGUUUUCUUGCAUCUUGGGAAAUUAGUAGGAUCUGAGUAG